AUGGAGAAACAACUUCUUAUACAAGUCGACGAAGAAUAUCAUAGAAUACGCCAAGAAUUCUAUAACAAUAAACUAAUAGAAUCUCAAAAAAUGUUUCUAGAAAACAACCAAAGAAUUCAAGAUCUUCGUAACAACAAAAGAGCUUUACAUCGAAUAAAGCCCAUCAUAGGGUCGCACGAUGUCAUUUAUCCCUUACAAGAGAUAAAACGUGGUAAAGCAGCCAGUAAUACUUCGCAAAAGAAAAAAGCAAAGAGCGCGGUUGAAAAGAAAAUGGGACUUAGCUCCAGUGAAUUUACCGUCCAAAGUAGCGUGCACAAUGGACCGCAAGUGAAAAAUAAUGAACAACUUGCUUCUAUUUCACUUAAUAAUUGGAAACCAUUACCGCGAUACACGUUAUGGACCCCGAUUCCACAUAGCUCAAAGACAGAAGACGACCCCGUACUACGACAUCUUCAUUAUUUUGGUGAAGAGGAUGAUAACGAAGAGGAAAUUAAUUACAUGGAUUUUUAUGACGAUAUAGUCGUUGGAGAAAAAACUCACGAUUUAGAAGUAGUUGCUUUUAAUACAUUACGUAGUUUAUUUGAGCAAAACAAUAUAUCGAUUAAUGUUCUCGAGAAUUGUGCUGCUAGCAGAGGAUUAUCCUUAUGCAAGACACUAUCGAAAUCAAGGGAAGCAAAACAAUCCAUCAAUGUCGACGAAAUUGACGAUGGAGAUGAACAGGAGCAACUUGCUCUGGCUGAGAUGCUUUUAAAAGCAUCAGAGAAAAUUCUUAAAACGAGCGCUAAAAAUUUGCUGAGUGGCUAUUUAGAGAAAAUAUCAACUGACAAGACGAAUCAGGAAUCAUUUGCAACUGUUAACACGAAUGUUGACAAUCAUCUAGAUUUUGUAAUGGCUGAAACGAUGAUGCGUUCUUAUGCAAGUCUAUGGUGUCGUAGAUGUUAUGUGUACGAUUGUGGAUUGCAUGGAACGGAAUCUCGUCCAACUAAAAAUAAAAAAAGACCACUGUUCAUCACACUAAACGAGCCUUGUGGUUCGUUAUGCUACAUGAAUGAAGAAAAUAAGCGAAAUUAUCAAGGUUCAAAACACUUUGAGGAUUGGAAUUCGGUGGAAAUUGCCUUAUACAAAAGAGCACGUGAAAUUUAUGGCAAAAAGAAUUAUUGUGCGGUGUCUGUUAUAGUGAAAACAAAAGCUUGUCAGCAGGUAUAUCAACGAGCGCAGUUUUACGAGUCUAAUCCAAAUGAAGAUGAUACUUUGGGCGAGUCUUCUUUUGAUGAAUUGAAACAACGUGGCGGUAGACUGAAAAGGACUAUGGCGAGAAUUUCUGGAAUAGAAAUUGAUGCCGCCGAUCAUUUAGAAUAUCGUCCCUGCGAUCAUCCGGGGAAGGUAUGCGAUAGUACCUGUCCAUGCGUUCAAGGCAACCUUUUCUGUGAGAAAUACUGCCGAUGUGAUUACGAUUGUUCUCGAAGAUUUUUCGGUUGCAAUUGUAGUAACAUAAAAGCGUGUAAUCUUCGUUCUUGUUUUUGCUUUGCAAAUUACCGUGAAUGUGAUCCGGAUAUAUGUUCGUGUUCAGCUUGUGAAUUGCAGAUUUCUGCACAUGAUUUUGAUCGACGUCCUUGCAAGAAUACCGCCAUUCAGAGAGGAAAAGCUAAACAUACCAUAGUUGGCAUAUCUGCUGUGGCUGGAUGGGGACUUUUCGUGAAGGAGCCUGUGAAGAAGAAUGAAUUUUUGGGUGAAUACGUGGGUGAGGUCAUAUCACAAGCAGAAGCGGAUAGACGUGGAAAAAUUUAUGAUAAGCGAGGAACUAGUUUUUUGUUCAAUUUGAAUAAAGAAAAAGUGGUAGAUGCCACUCGAAAGGGCAAUAAAUUUCGAUUUGUCAAUCAUUCGUCAGAUCCGAAUUCAUACGCACGUGUUACAUUGGUUAACGGGGAACAUCGUAUUGGAUUAUACGCACAAUUCGAUCUUGAUCCUGGUCAGGAGCUGUUUUUCGAUUAUAGAUAUGAAGGUGAAACUCUGAAAUUUGUUCCGUGUGAACGUGAAAUCCCUGCAAAAUAA